AUGAAUGAUCUUGAAUAUCAUUCCGAUGGAGGUUUUAGUAGUAGGCCUUUCAAAGCCUCUAUUAGAUCAGUUAAAAAAAGAGCAGAUAUACAAACAUCUAUGCGUGAGUUAGCAGAAGACCCAUGCAAACCAGCUGGUACAGUUUGGGCUUGUUGUUUUGCUAAUGAGAUAGACUUUUCAUCCAUAUUACAGGCAUGGAAGCAAGGAAAUCUAUCUAAUUUACAAAUUAGGAUUGAAACAACUUUUAGUGAAGUUAUAUGUUUAAAGUGGUUACAAUCCCUUCGUAUUUGCUAUAUCUUUCGUUUUGGAUGUGUUGUUGGUUGGGAUCUUACAAGAGCUGAGAGAGUAGCCAUAAUCAAUAUUUUGAAAUCAUUCAUUAAACAACCAUUACCUACCCAAUCAGAAGAAUACCAAGAUGACGAUAUGACAUAUGUAUGGGCGGAUUCACGAAUUAUUAGACACGAUAAUAUUCAUUUGGUUUCUGAUAAUAUAUUAGAGAGAUUGGCAUAUAGCUAUGCUAUGAGUCAAAGUGUUAAACUUUCUGUGUUUGAAAAUGUUGUUGAUGGAACAAUUGAAAGUACACGUUCUUUACCAGAAAGUCUUGCGAAAAGUGGAACGAUUAAACAUAACCGUGAAGAUAUAAGCAAGAGAAUUGGUGAAUUAUUUAUAAAUCGUUUCUAUAUUAAUUUACAAACUGACAUACUUGAUACACCUGAUAUAUUUUGGGAUUUACAAGAAUAUGAAACUUACUACUUAUGUUGUAGGAAUUAUCUUGAAAUUCCAAAAAGAGUUGAAAUUUUAAACCAAAGACUUGAUAUUAUAAAAGAUUUGUAUGAUAUGCUAAACAAUGAAUUAUCACUGCAACAUGGAUAUAAGCUGGAAUGGAUAGUUAUAUAUUUAAUAUGUGCAGAAAUUGUAAUAGAAGUUGUAUGGAACAUCGUAAUUAGAGAUAUAUUUCAUCUUGUUUAG